GAAUAGCAGGUAUAUUAGUUAGCUUAAAUAUGUGAACUCUACAACAAUAUAGAUUAUAACCAUGGUAUACGUAUUUUGGUACAAUAAUUAAUUUCUCUAAGUUUAUAUUCUGUUUAAGAUCUAUGUGGGUUUAAUCUGCUGGAAAUGUCCUCCACUAAUCAAACUCAGUUGAACUCAACUUUUAAUCUGCAGCGUCAGGGAAUCCUAGGAGUGGUGUUUUUUUCCACUGUGACGACUUUGCCAUGCUGUGUGUUUCUUUUCAUCAAUGUGACAAUGCUGUAUACGUUGAGGAGUAAAGAGGUGUUUUGAGAGACCUCUCGUUAUAUUCUACUGUUUAACCUUCUGUUUUCAGACACCGUCCAGCUGGCACAUAGUCAAUCAAUGCUUUUACUGUCUACCUCUAGAGUAACGAUGCUGUAUUCUGUAUGUGUGGUUUUAGUUUCAUUUAACAGCCUCACACUCAGCGUUUCUGUUAUCACACUGGUGGUUAUGUGUCUAGAGAGAUACAUAGCUGUGUGCUUUCCAUUCAGACACAGUGUGUUAAUCACCACGAAAAACACAGGAGUGGUUAUUUGUAUCAUCUGGUGUUUCAGUUCACUAAAAGACAUUAUGCAGAUGAUUCUAGCUUUAAGAAUGUUUUUACACAAUGUAGGCCCAGUCCAGAUGCAAGAUUUCUGUGGUAAAGACAAUGUGUUUGUUGAUCCAGCUUCUCUUAUUUUUAACAGAGCUUUCACCUAUUUUCUGUUUGUAUUAGGUGGUAUAACCGUUAUUUUCUCCUAUAUUGGUAUCAUUGUAGCAGCUCGCUCGGCCUCCACAGACAAAGCUUCAGCCAACAAGGCGCGAAGGACUCUGCUGCUGCAUCUGCUGCAGCUGGGCCUCACGCUGUCCUCCACGAUACACAACUCAUUGCUCAUAGUUAUCUCAAAUAAUCUAGACAGGGUGCAAUCUGUGAACAUGCAGACUGUCCUUUAUGUUUUUAGUAUUGUCCUUCCUAAAUGCCUGAGCUCCCUUAUAUACGGCCUCAGAGACCAGACAAUUAGACCUGUUCUUAUGUUGAAUCUCACCUGUCAGUGGAGAGGCUCAGCUUUCAUUUCCAACGUCCAAGCUAAACAUAAAAUCAGAAUACAUGUAAACUGACGGAUGCGAUUUCCUUCUGAAGGUUUAUUUUUUUACUUGUACAUUUUAAUCACCACAAUUUUAAAGAGAAAACCCUGGUUAAAUUAUUUAUUUUAUGACUACUACUGCAAUGUAAUGGCUACAAAAUAAAUACAAUUUGUUAUGUCCAGACAGGAAUUUGAAUUAUGGUGUUUUGUACAGAGCUAAAACUGGCAUAAGGAUAAUUUUCUAUCAGGUUGUCAUUCUACUGUCGGAUUGAUUCAUCUCAAUCUGAGAGUAAAAUAAAUGUAUACAAUAACCAAGUCAAAAUUCUAGAAAGAAAUGUCAGGGAAAACUGCAGUGUAUUAAAAACAUUAAUAUGAGGUGAAAGUAAAAACCUGU